AUGACCGACAAAACUCCAACCACAGGCAGCGCGCCGGCGUCCGAGGCACCCGUCGCCAUCGUAUGUGUGGGCAUGGCGGGCUCUGGAAAGACGACAUUCAUGCAGCGCCUUGUCUCGCACCUCUACACACAUGCCGACCCUACGCAACCCGAACCCUCAGAUUCCAAGACUAAAGCCGCGCCGCCAUAUAUUCUAAAUCUCGACCCUGCCGUUCACUACGUCCCUUUCACACCCAACAUCGACAUCCGAGACUCGGUCAACUACAAGGAGGUCAUGAAGCAGUUCAACCUCGGGCCUAACGGCGGCAUUCUUACCAGUCUGAAUCUGUUCAGCACCAAGAUUGACCAAGUCAUCAAUCUCCUGGAAAAGCGAACUGCUCCGCCGGAGCCCGCGGAGCAGCCGGAGCAGACAACGGUCGAGUUCAUGACAAACUCUGGCAAGACAACUCCGCCUACCCAGCAGCCAGCACAGGUGAAGCACAUACUAGUCGACACGCCCGGACAAAUUGAGGUCUUUGUAUGGUCGGCCAGCGGAGAGAUCCUGCUGAGCAGCUUGGCGAGCACUUUCCCCACCGUGAUUGCCUACGUGAUCGACACACCGCGCACUACAAGCACCUCGACGUUCAUGUCCAAUAUGCUUUACGCUUGCUCUAUAUUGUACAAGACGAAGUUGCCUAUGAUUUUGGUGUUCAACAAGACAGAUGCGCAAGAUGCUCAAUUCGCAAAAGACUGGAUGACUGAUUUUGAGGCAUUUCAAAACGCACUACGAAACGAAGAAGAAGGCGGAAGCUUCGGAGGCGAGGGCAGCGCCAUUGGUGGAGGAAGUGGCUACAUGGGCAGUCUGCUAAACAGCAUGUCACUGGUUCUCGAGGAGUUCUACAAGCAUUUGAGCGUGGUCGGAGUCAGUUCAAUGACUGGUGAUGGCAUGGAUGACUUCUUCAAGGGUGUACAGGCCAAGAAAGAGGAGUUCGAGCGUGAUUACAAACCCGAACUCGAGCGACGGAGGGCUGAGCGGGAGCAGGAGAAGGUCGCCACGCGACAGAAGGAGCUGGACAAGCUGAUGAGGGACAUGAACGUUGGCGGCGCAGGCAAGGGAAAGAAGAAGGACGAUCCCGAGACUGUCAGCGAUGUUGAGGAUAACAGCGAUGAGGGCAUGCAGGUCGAUGAUGAUGAUUCCGAAGACGAAGACUACGAUAAUCCAGAGCAAGGAUUGAAGACGCGGUAUCAGCAAGCCCUCAAUGAUACCGCGGGACCUUCCGCAGAAGACUUCAGCUUUGCACGGUACGUGCACAAGGCCAAUCUCGGCUGA